AGUAUCUCUUACUAGUCUGUGGUCACUCACUCCACUCCUGUCUAGCGAAUACGUUUUCAGAUACCUAUCUCGCUUAUUUGUUUUGCCGAAUUAUUCAUUAUCAUUACAAAAUGAAGCUCUUGUUAUUAACAGUAGGUUUCAUAUUUGUUAACGUGUCGGCUUUUGAGAAUUCGGAUAUUGUGUCAGCUAGAAUUGAGAGCUGUAGGGGUUGUUCGUUGAACCGGCUUCCAGAAGUAAAGAAGUUUAUAAUGGAGGAUGCGCCGAAGUUUGAGCGCGUGGAGGUGAAGUUCAUCACGGGCGCGCCGCCGGAGCUGAUCCUGCUGGGCGAGGGUGACCGCGAGCUCGAGCGGCUGCCGCUGUCGCAGCUCACGCGUAGCGAGUGCAACGACCUGCUUAACACCAGGGGCUUCACUAUCACUAACAAGAAGUCUGAGUUUUAAGAUAAACUUCUGUAGUUUGAAUGUUCCAUUAGAUUUUGUAAGUUACCAUUGAGAAAUAUUGAAAAUGUUUUAAAAGCUGCCUAACAUUAGAGAAUUCCAGUUAGUGUUUAGAAGUAUGUAUACGUAAUAUAUUCUGUGAUUGUAUUUCAGUUUAAAUACCAUAACUUGCUGAGCAGAAAGGAUUCAGGCUUAACAGUGGUAAAUCAGCCAAAUCUCUUACUAAAUAUAGCAAUUACUUUUUGUACCUUUUUAAUUAUUUAUAGUGACAAGUCAGGCUUGCUUUCUGCUGAGCAUUUGUAUUAUGGCCAUUGUGUGUCACUGUUUAGUACCUACAUACAACAUUCCACAAUUUCUACAAAGCUAAUAGAUUGAACAGAUAUUCUGGAGUAAAAAUAUAUGAAGAAGCAUC